GUGGCGGUAGUGCUCCUAAGAGCUGGUUGCUACCCGCAGCAAAACCUAAGACGAAGAAGAAGUCAUAGGCGCAGAAGAAGAGUGUGACAACACCAGCGGCAAAAUGGCAACGGUACAAGUCAGCGAGGCUGAAAAAGUGUACAUCUUACACGGCAUAAGGGAUGAUUUACGUGUUGAUGGGAGAGGCUGUGAGGACUACAGACACAUGGAAAUAGAGACUGAUGUGGUGUCCAACACAGACGGAUCAGCUAAAGUCUCUCUGGGUCACACCGCAGUUCUUGUUGGUAUUAAGGCUGAAAUAGGAAAACCGCGGCCCAUGGUGCCAAACGAAGGCUACCUGGAGUUCUUUGUUGACUGUUCAGCGAAUGCAACCCCUGAAUUUGAGGGCAGAGGGGGUGAGGAGCUGGGGACGGAGCUGAGUAACACCCUCUACAAAGUGUUCAACAACAAACAAAGCCUAGAUCUGAGGGCUCUCUGUAUCAGCGCUGGAGAGCACUGCUGGGUGCUCUACGUGGACGUGCUGCUCCUGCAGUGCGACGGAAACUUGUACGAUGCCAUUUCCAUAGCCAUAAAGGCAGCUCUCUUCAACACAAAAAUCCCCAGAGUUCACAUAUCAUCCGACGAGGAGGGGGGAAAAGAGAUCGAGCUGUCCGACGACCCCUACGACUGCAUGAGACUCCAAGUGGAAAGCGUUCCCUGUAUAGUGACGCUGUGCAAGGUGGGCCACCGGCACGUGGUGGACGCCACCCUGCAGGAGAAGGCCUGCUCUGUGGCCAGCCUCAUCAUCUCUGUCACACACAAAGGCACGGUCACCUGCACGAGGAAGGUCGGGGGCGGCAGCCUGGACCCUGAGAGCAUCUUUGAAAUGAUAGAGGCAGGCAAACGAGUGGGGAAGGCCCUUCACGCUCCGCUUAUGAAGCUCCUGCAGCAGGAGGAGAGUCUGGGGAAGAAGAGGCAGAAAGUCGGCUUUCUUGGUUAA